CACUUUGGAUUUUGUAUGGAUUAAACAAACAAGAUAUAACGUGUAAAUUAGUAAGCUUUAGAAGUGCUGGCAGGCAGAUUUUAUUACCUUUCCAGUCUUUAUACUAAGCUAAGCUAUGCUAACCACCUACUGGACCCGGUAGUGUCAUAUUUAGUGUACAGACAUGAGAGUGGUAUCAAUCUUCUUAUCUAACUUUUGGCAAGAAAGGGAAUAAGCGCAUUUCCCGUAAUGUCGAACUUUUGCUUUAAGCUGGGAGAGCAGAAUAAAAAUGUUCCCCAUUUGAGGAAAUUUAAAAGGUGACAUGUCAGCCUGAUUUCUCGUUGUAAAAAGAACAAACAAUUAUCUGUGAAUUUUUGACUGAUACAGUACUGCCAGGCAAGUGCACUGACUGUAUCACGAAUGUAGCAGAGGACAAGUUCAAGUGCCACAUUUUCAUUAAGAUUUUUAUUUUAUUUUGUACAUUUAUCUCAUUUCUAUGGUUGUGAAAUGCAAGUUAAAAUAGUUUCAAAUUUGUAUCUUUUAUAAUUAGACAUCUGAUUUCAUAAUUGUAUAGAUUUAUGUAUAAGAUAAAUGACAUACAUACGUUUUGUGAAUGUAUGAAUUGUGUAUCAUAUUUUGGUAUUCAGAUGAUAUCUAUAUGCAUUACAGUAUUAGAAAGAACUCAUUAGUUGUGUAUGUUUCUAUUGUGUGAUUGGUUGUGUACACCAAUCAAUUUCCUAAAUAUUAAGACUAUCAAAACCGUAUAAUGUGAUGAAGUGCUACUGUUAGCGUUAUACGUAAUAUUCUGAAUAAGCUAUUUGCAGCCUGAUAUAUACGUGGUAUAAAUUAAGUCUGCCAUUUUAAACAAAUAUUUACUGUAGUACAUUUAAAAGGACACUUGUUUGAUUGUAGUAAAUUAAGUAUUUUCUAUGCUUUUGUCUCCUGUUUUUCAUGGUGUAACAUUAGGUGGCUCUAUGGUCUUGGCCUUGCCUACUCCAAUCAAAGGUCAAAGAUUUAUGGCUUUGGUGUGAAGGAAGAAAAUCUUAAAAAGGAACACUAAGAACUAGUCGUAAAGGGAACAAGUAGGGUUAGGACAUCUACAGUAAAUGUAGAUUAUUUAAACGCUUUGCAAUAUAUUUAUGGGCUAAUAUUUGUAAAACUGGAUGUGAAGCAGACCUAGUUUUGCUGUGAUUUAGGAAAAAAGAUGAUUUUACCUGUCUCCUCUUGACAACAACAUGGCAGGAAUUUCAGUGACAUUAUGUACAGACAAGUUGUUUAAAGUUUUAGUCAUUGGGGAUCUAGGCGUUGGGAAAAGCAGCAUUGUCUUGCGUUAUGUUAAUAAACGCUUUGAUGAAAGAUACAAAGCAUCUAUUGGAGUUGACUUUGCUCUAAAAACAAUUGAAUGGGACGCCAAGACAGUGGUGAGAUUGCAGCUUUGGGAUAUUGCAGGCCAGGAGAGGUUUAAGAAGAUGUCCAGAGUGUACUACAAAGGGGCGAUGGGAGCAGUAGUGGUCUUUGACAUUACAAAAAGCUCCACCUUGAAGGCUGCCUCAGAGUGGAAGCAGGACCUUGAUAGCAAAGUCUGUCUCGACAGCGGACGUCCUGUCCCUGCUGUCUUGCUGGCCAACAAAUGUGACAUGACAGGAAGGGACAGAAACUUGGUGUCCUCUCUGGACAGCUUCUGUAAAGACAACAGAUUCAUGGGCUGGCUUGAGACCUCUGCAAAGGACAAUAUAAAUAUUGAUGAGGCAGGUGCCUUCCUUGUCAAACAAAUGAUGCUCUGUGACACCGGCCAGUUCGAUGAAGAGCACCACAGGGACGAGAUCAAAGUGAGCCAGGAUCCCGCGGAGAGUCAGAGCCAGUCAUCGUGCUGCUCGAGAUCACGGCUCUGAGGCAAAGAGCCAAACAACGGCAGCUACUGGUUAAAUGCUCUAACAAGACCUGUUUUUGAUACCAAGUCAUGAAUCCACAGCCACCCCAUAGAAGCUGUUUCAGAAAGCCAGUGUGCCGGUGUUACAUAUAGUCAGUAACUUUACAUUCAUAUUUCCGCCUUGCCAGUUUUCUCAAUAAUGUGUGGACUGUGUGGGCUGCCUCAUAAACACCUCUGUGGAGACGACUGAGCUAAUUUCUCUGAUAAUCCAUUGAUACAGUCAGGCUAAUAAAGAGAUCAGCAUGACACACAUCUUGCUGGGAAAAGUCUGUGACACUCCCCGUGCAACCAAGACUAGCUGGUGAUUGACCUACUAUAAUGAGAGGCCAGAAACUGUUAAACAGUCACAACUGCCAUUUUCUCAAAUAAAAACAGCAAGAGAGAGAGAGAAAUGUCUUCAAACAUUUUUGUAUAUGCAGCUGUUAAAUAUUCCUCAUUA